AUGAUCGCGAUUCGUACAACCAUGUCCUUAUUUUGGUAUUGAAUUGAAGUAUCAUAACCGUAACUCCAGUACACUUAUCAGCAAAUGCCUACCCCAGAACCUGAACGAAGUGGCUCGAAUGUUCCUUCUAUACCAGGACCUUCAACACCCCUCACCAACUCAUACACGUAUCAUUGCCCAACACCAACAGCACCAGGUCCAUACAUCUUGGGCGUCGAUGAAGCAGGCAGAGGCCCUGUAUUGGGUCCACUCGUAUAUGGCGUCGCAUAUUGCCCUGCAUCCUACCAGGCAGAUUUGGAAGAGCUUGGAUUCGCAGAUUCAAAAACACUCACAGCGGAGAAGCGAUCGUUACUUCUGAGUAUAUUGGGUUCAGAUCCGAAAAACCUUGGCUGGUCCGUAAGAGUGAUUAGUCCUCAGGCAAUAUCGAGUGGCAUGUUACGCGUGCCACCAACAAAUCUGAACCGCCAGUCCCAAGAUGCCACUAUACUGCUGAUACGCGAAGUUAUUCAGCGAGGCAUCCAACUUUCUGAAGUCUAUGUAGAUGCUUUGGGGACCACAACAACUUACGAAGCCUACUUGUCAUCAGUAUUCCCUGGAAUCAACUUCACCGUAACGACAAAAGCCGAUUCAAAGUUCAAGAUUGUGGGAGCUGCAAGUGUAGCUGCAAAAGUAACUCGAGAUGCAUGCUUGGAAGGAUGGAUCUUUGAGGAAAGCAAAGGUAACAAGGUCGUCAAUUCUUCAUCAACAUGGACAACUGAAUUUGGCAGUGGCUACCCUUCGGAUCCCAAAACACAGGCUUGGCUCAAAAAUUCCAUCGACCCUACAUUUGGUUUUCCGUCAGUAGUUCGAUUUUCUUGGACGACGGUCAAGGUUAUUUUGGAACGAGAGGGACAUGGGGCGAAAUGGUGUGUACAUUUCAUGCGAAUCCAGCGUGUUUUUAAUGGCAAUUUGGUCAUCAGGAUUGACGAAGGCCAAGAGUCGUUGAUGAAAGCAUUUGUAACGCCUACUGGACGAGACAAAGAUCGCUGUGUCGUAACAAAGGAUCUCUCGAUGCAGAGUGUGGCCUACCUGUGAUUUAGGCAACUGUAUGCGACAUGUAUUUUGGAUGGUUAUGGCAUUGAAAUUUAAGUAUAUCAAUAUUCAAGCCAGUUCAAUUAUACAAGAGUAUUCUCACUAUCU